CCAUAAACUGUUUACAUCUUCGCAUUUCUCAUUAUUUCCAGUUUCGAACAGACGGAAAGCCGUGUUUGCCGUAUAUAUUUUACAGUGUUAAGUUUAACUUUUAAAGAUCUUUUUUAAGAAAACUUAAAUGGGCUGUGUUGUUGGAUCACUUGCAUGUUGCUGUGGCUCGACAGCAGUCAGCUGCUGUUGUGUAUGCUGUCCAUCAGUUCGUAGUUCAGUGACAACCCGGAUUAUGUAUACAUUCUUCCUACUCUUGGGUGUGAUUGUUUCUUCAAUUUUUCUCUCGGAUGAUGUAGCAGACAGCUUAAAAGACAAGUUACCAUUCUAUGAUGGAUGCAAUAGACAUGGAAAGUGUGGCGAGAUCAUGAGUUACCGUUCAGUUUAUCGCAUUUUUCUUGGUUUUGUAUUGUUUCAUUUCCUCCUCAUGAUCAUUACAUUGGGUGUAAAAUCACAGAAGGGAGCCAGAGCAGGAAUUCAAAAUGGAUAUUGGGGAAUUAAAUUUAUUGUCCUCGUUGUUCUUUGUGGUUGGUCAUUUUGGGUGGAAAGUAAUGAAUUUCCAGAAGCCAUGAUGUAUAUUGGUCUAGUUGGAGGAUUGCUUUUCAUUCUCAUUCAGUUGAUAUUAUUGGUGAAUUUUGCUCACACGUGGAAUGAAAUUUGGACUGACAAUGCCGAGGAGACUGGAAACAAAGGAUGGCUGGCAGCCUUGGCAACUUUCAUAUUUCUGUUUCUUGGUUUAACUUUGACUGGCUUUAUCUUGUCCUAUGUUUUUUUCACAACUAGCGACAGUUGCACUUUAAACAAGGUCAUCAUCAGUGUAAACCUCAUUCUCUGCGUCUUCAUGUUGAUUGUUUCAGUCCUUCCAAAAAUACAAGAAGUUCAACCAAAAUCUGGUCUUCUGCAAUCAUCUAUCAUAUCUCUUUUUCUUGUCUACAUUACUUUAACGUCAUUGGCAAACAAGCCAUACGAUCUUGACAAGAAUAACAACUCGACCACAACAUGCGGCAUCGAAGUAUCACGGUUAGGUGGCUCGCAAACUACAACAAUGGUAGUGGGAAUUGUGGUCACAUUUGUCAUGAUCAUUUACUCAAGUUUGAGAACAUCAGGGAGCUCAGACAAGUUCACUUCAAACAGUACAACAGCGCCAGUCAAUACAGAUGAAGAGAAAGGGAAAGUUGUGAAUGACGAAGAAGAUGAAGUGGUGUACAAUUAUUCAUUCUUUCAUUUUGUGUUUCUUAUCGCAUCGCUGUACAUCAUGAUGGUCAUGACAAACUGGGUGGAGCCAGAAAAAUCCACAAUUGAAAACGUGCAAGGGACAUGGGCUGCAUUUUGGGUCAAAAUUAUCACAGGAUGGGUUUGUGUGAUGUUGUAUUUAUGGACUCUUGUUGCUCCUAUUUGUAUGCCUAACCGUGACUUCUCUACAUCUUUUCUCAAAUCUUAAAAUGUCACCUACCUAUGUGACUUAUCCACUUUGAUUAUCUGGAAUAAACUAAAUUGCAUGUAAGUUAGAUUAUAAUAUGUAGAGUUGUUUAGCUUUUUUGUAGAAGUUGUUGUAAAAUUCACAAACUGUCAAGGUCCAGCAUGUACUUAGUUUGAAAAAAUAUUACAUUCCCUCAAAAACAACAGUCUGAAUGCCACAUGGCUAAAUUAUGAGUUCUUAAAGAAUUGGUUGGAAAGAUAUUUUGCAUGCAUGGUUAAUUAAUCACUUAUAGAUAUAAUAAAAAUGUCAACUACAAGAAUA